UUCACUGGUUCGGAACUUCGUGUAAGUCGAAGGGGAGACCUGCGGCCGCCAGUCGCCGCCAGCUGUUCAACUACCCCGCCCAGCUGCCGACGCUAACCCCACCAUCGGCAGAAGACGGCACCGACAGAAGCCGGCAACGGCAACAACGUCAACGAAUCCGAACCGUGGCGAUUAACCUUUGAGUCUUUGAGUCUUCCAGUUUUACAAAUUCCCUCCUUUCUCUCAAUCGCCGACACCCUCUUCCUCCCGACCCCCAAAACGACCCGGUCUCUUCGUCCUCUCGCCUAUUACACGACAUCACCGUCUAAACGAAUCCGAUCCGAAGCGAACCCCUCCACACCUCCACAAUGGAAGACGUCCCCCUCGAGCACGGCUCCCCGGAGCACCUCCUCCCGCCCAGCUGGAAGACAAUGGUUACAGCCUGGCUCGCCGAAGACACUCCUUCCUUCGACUACGGCGGCUUCGUCGUCGGCGCCGCCCCGCGCACUGCAACCCUCUGGGGUAAAUCUGGCGGCAUCGUCGCCGGCCGGCCCUUUGUCGACGAGGUCUUUGCGCAGUGCGGCUGCACCGUCGAGUGGCACGUCAAAGAGGGCUCCCACGUCGAGCUCCGCGGCCACGGAGACCAUAACCCGAAAGGCAAGAUGCGCGUCGCGACCGUCUCGGGACCCACGCGCGGGAUCUUGUUGGGGGAGCGGGUGGCGCUGAAUACGCUUGCGCGGUGCUCUGGCGUGGCGAGCAUGACGAGGGGUAUGUUGGUGAAUUUGAGGGCGGCCGGGUAUGCCGGUGUGCUGGCGGGUACGCGCAAGACGACGCCUGGGUUCCGGUUGGUGGAGAAGUACGGUAUGCUUGUGGGCGGUGCGGACGCGCAUAGGCAUGAUUUGAGUUCGAUGAUUAUGUUGAAGGAUAAUCAUGUCUGGAGCAAGGGGAGCAUCACGAAUGCGGUCAAGGCGGCCAAGAGCGUGGGCGGGUUCAGUUUGAAGGUCGAGGUGGAGGUGCAGAGCGAGGAGGAGGCGGACGAGGCGAUUGCGGCCGGGGCGGAUGUCGUCAUGCUGGAUAACUUUACGGGCGAGGGGGUCAAGAUUGCGGCCAAGAGCUUGAAGGAGAAGUGGGCGGGGAAGAAGCACUUUUUGGUCGAGGUCUCUGGUGGUUUGACGUUGGAGAACGUCGAGAACUAUGUGUGUAAUGAUGUUGAUAUUGUUUCGACAAGUGCCAUUCACCAAGGCGUACCGCACGUUGACUUCUCACUCAAGGUUGAGCACUAGCUUUGAUCAGUUUAGCGGUAAAUUAAAUCAAAAACACCAUGAUACCUCAGCUCAC